AAUUGAGCCCAAUCUUUAAAUAGGAGUAAUACCCUGGCGGACGGUUGCGGUAGCCUCGCGGCGCGAAUAUUUUUUUAUUUUUCUGGAUUUAAAUCACACAGAUAAAUUCCAGGAUGCCUUCAAGUAAAAAUGUCCAAGGUGGGAAGGCCUUUGGGUUGUUGAAGGAGCAGCAAAGGCAAAAACUGGAGGAAAUAAACAAGGAAUACAUGGAAGACCAGAAAUACAGGGAUGAAGAGGAUUUGGCUGAAAAAUUGGAAGGACUCAAAAAUAAAUAUGCUGAGUUUGACCUGAAUGACCAAGGAGACAUCGAUCUGAUGGGUUUGAAGCGAAUGAUGGAGAAGCUCGGAGUACCCAAGACACACUUGGAGUUGAAAAAAAUGAUUGUUGAGGUGACGGGUGGCAGCAGCAAUACCAUCAACUACAGGGACUUUGUCAAGAUGAUGCUCGGCAAGCGCUCUGCUGUCCUGAAAUUAGUUUUGGUUUUUGAGGACAAAGCAAACGGCACCCCCUGCAAGCCAGAAGGACCCCCUCCAAAACGGGACAUUGCUAGCCUGCCUUAAGUGUAGACGUCAGGCUCCAGACUGCGGAGCCGAGGGACCAUCUGUGAUUUCCUUGGAAUAACGUGGAGUGUUGUAUUAAUGUGGGACCAGUGAUCGAGGAUGUUAUUUUGUGAAUAUAUGUGUGUGGUUCCUGUCAUUUGGAAGACGGAGCCUAAAACUCACUAAAUGAUGUUUGACUGUGAAUAUUAUUCAUGUUUUUUUUUUUUUCUUUUAAACCAAACAUAGCAUUAGUCGUACAUGUAAUCAGAUUGUUACUUUUUUACUAAGCAUUUCAUGGAUAUCUUUUAAGGGAAAAUUCAGAUUUCAUUUAGGUAAUAGCAUGAGAGUAGAGGGUAGAAUGCUUUUAGACAAGCACAAGACAAAAAGCUUUUUUUUUUUCUUUUUUUUUUUUUCUCUUUCCAGCACAUUUUUUUUAAACUAUCCGCAGUAGUCUUGCAUGGACAGCUGCCAGGCUAAUCUUGGUCAGCAAAUGCUUAGAUCAGGUGCCAGAGAAUACCGGACCAGCCCAUUUCCUCCAGAUCACCGGUCCCUGGAGCCCAAAUACAGAUCUGGAAUCAGUCAUUUAGGUAUCAUGAAAUGAUAAACAUUUGGAAAUGGGUGCAUUGCUACUGUAUGAGUUUUAAAUUUUUACUCAUGCUAAUUGACCGAAGAGAAGGAGCUUGCUUUUACUGUUGGACUUUGGGUUCCAGUAUGAGGCUUGAUGACCAGAAAAAUGGACCUGGUUUUAGAUCUGUGAGGACAAGCACCUGCUUUUGGAAGGAGUGUGAUUUACUGGCACAGAAGCAAAAGAAAAUGUACAUAGCAUGCUACACAAAGUACAAUCAUGUUCUUUCCAAGUGCCUCAACUUGCAAAUACUGUAGAGAUUAAACACGGUUUGGAGGAGGAAGAGCACAAUAGUAUUCGUUAUAAGUUCUAAGGUAUUUUAUUUCUGCAGUUAAUAAACUUUCAUAAUUGGUAAAAUAGGUGUAAUGAUCAUUUAUUUCUAUUUGUGAGGAUUUUUUUGUUUUUGUUUGUUUUCCAUCAUUUUUCUGAAUGAAAUUCACAAAUGUUUCUUCAAUUUUAUGUAGUUUGGGGGGUUUUUUUUUUUUUUUUGUUUUUUUUGGGGUUUUUUUCUCAUCCAUUUUCUAAUUAUUUUGUAUUUCACUAAAAGUAUUCAAUCUAUCAGAAAAUUGUCUUUGAUUUUUCUUUUUCCCCUUUUGUUGUCUCAUCUGUCUGGUCUUUUCAACCAUUUUCCUGUAAAUUGAUUUUGAUUUAUUGGUUUUGUUUUUUGUUUGUUUUUUGGGUUUUUUUUAUCCCAUAAUUUCUGUAAUUUGUGCCUCUCUGUUUAUGUCCAUUGUAAAAUUUCUUGUAACUCGCACUACUAACUAUUGUGAUAUUGAUACUUUUACAUGUUUUACACCAUUGUUUUAAGUCAUGACAUGUUUUAGUGUUAAGAUAUACAUUGUUUGCAAACACCAAAGGAAUUAAAGUUCUUCUUCCACUG